AUGGGGGCUGGUUCAAGCCAAGAUGGCUUUUGCGAAUGCAAGGACGUAGUGAACAGGAUCGUGCAUGCCGACACCGUGGACGAAUAUGCCAUGCACAUGGUGGCCGCUACUGACGAGAUGGAGGCCAGGCCUGACGCCGACGAGGUGUGCAAGGCGGUGAAGAUCUCUCCCGUAGCAGCGCUGCCGUCCAAGAAGCCCAAGGCGCAGGCCCGCCCGAAGCUGGAGGACAAAGACGGCGGUAACUACCAGGGCGAGUGGCUAGGAUGCUACCGCCACGGCAGGGGCACGCAGGUCUGGUCUGACGGCAGUCGGUUUUCUGGCCAAUGGUUUCACGACGUGCCACAUGGACUGGGCAGACUGGAGCAGGAGGACAUCUACGACGGGCAGUGGAAGCACGGAAAGGCCAGCGGGCACGGGAUCCACAUCGCCACCAACAGGGUCAGGUACGAAGGUGAAUGGCUGAACGACAUGAAGCACGGGCAUGGGGAGGAGCACUACAACGACGGCGGCAGGUUCUCUGGAAGCUACGAGGAGGGCAAGAAAUCUGGCGAAGGCACUUUCCGAUGGCCCGACGGGUCUGAGUACAAGGGCUUCUUCCACGAGGACUUGAUCUGUGGCCAGGGCAAGCAGAAAUGGUCCGACGGCCGCAUGUACGAGGGCCAGUGGGAGGCCAACCAAAUCCAUGGGAAGGGCCGCUUCAAGUGGCCGGACGGACGGUCCUACGUGGGGGACUACCAACGCGGCCUGCGGCACGGGACCGGCACCUUCCGCUGGCCUGAUGGCAAGGUCUACCAAGGAGGCUGGGAGCAAGGCAAGCAGCAUGGGCACGGAAGUCUUACUGAUAAGGCAGGCAAAACCAUCGAGGGUGAAUGGUCGAAAGGCCUGCGCGUGCAAUAG